AUGUAUACAGAGGCAGCACGAAUUGCACGGCUGCAACGAGGUUUCCAUCAACAUCGUCCGCCAUUGACCCCAGCGUGGUUGUCGACACCCAAAUGGAUCAAGUGCAUGACCGAGCAGAUAAUCCUUCACCCACGGCUCACGAGGUACAACAAGAAGCUGACGGUCCUCUCACGCGAGAUCCAGAACGCCUUGACGCUGGUGUUGCCUGGGGAGUUGGCCAAGCUGGCCAAGCCAACUGAAACUGUCUCAGGAUGUUCAAGAAAAUAUCUACUCGAGGGAGGAGCUCUACUGUUGGGGUUUGCAAUACAGCUGGAGGAAGAUCACAAGUAA